AUGACUAGCUCGAAAACCCCCCAGAUUUUGAACGCGUUGACCAGCGUUCUUGGAGACUCGGUCUUACAGCCCGGCAGCACCGAAUAUGAGAAAGACAACGGCUCAUACUUCAGUGCCUUCGAGAACGAAGUUAAGCCCUCAUUCAUCGCCAAACCAAAUAAUGUCGAGCAGGUACAGGGUAUAGUCCGGGCUCUUCGUCCGUAUGUUCUCUCGGGAGACUGCGAACUGGCUAUCCGAGGCGCUGGCCAUUCUCCAAUUGCUGGCAGCGCAAACGUCCAGGAUGGCGUCACGAUAGACAUGCGAGGCCUUAAAGGCAUCAAGUUAAGUGAUGACCAGUCAGUAGUGGAGAUUGCUGCCGGGGAGAUUUGGACUCCUGUCUACGCUGAGCUGGAGAAGUAUGGCUUGACAGUAGCUGGUGCUCGUGUUGGCCGUAUCGGUGUUGCCGGCUUCCUCUUAGGAGGGGGCUUGUCUAUAUUCUCAACGCGGAAAGGGUUCGCAUGCGACUCGGUCGUCGAGUUCCAGGUCGUCCUCGCAUCUGGCGAGGUUGUCCGCGCAAAUGCGGAAGAAAACGCCGAUCUCUGGCGCAGCUUGAGAGGCGGUAUGAAUAACUUUGGAAUUGUUACCUCUUUCAAGAUGAAGACCUUCAAGUCAGGACCUAUAUGGGGCGGGAUAACAUACUACCAUCCCGAGGUAAUCGAAGAAGUUUUUCCGCUUAUCGACAGCAUUUGCGGAUUCCCUCACGAUGGCUACCCCUACGUUGGUGAGCAUGACAAAGACACUCAUCUCAUGUAUAGCGUUGGUUACGGCUUUGGACAGAAAGUUGUGGCGUGUGUCAUGUAUCACACCCAAGGCGAAGAAAACCCACGUGCACUACGAGAAUAUACAGGUGUAGAGAGCCCUAUAGAUUUUGGGUAUCGUCGGAUUAAAGAAAUGUGCACUAUGCGGACGUCGACGCAACUGGAGUUCUGUGAGGAAUUGUCAAAAUUUUCAAGUGAUGGAUCACGGCAAUUCUGGGCUUCGAUAACUAUCAAGGCCAACGAUACCGGAUUACUAGAGGACAUCUGUGAAGAAUGGGAUAAGACACUUGAGAAACUAAAAGAUGCCGAGGGGUUCACCUUUACUCUCGGAUUCCAGUUUUUGACUGUGUCUAUGUUAGAGAACUCAGCAAAGGCAGGCGGCAAUGCUAUGGCUAUUCCGCCUUCGGAUGGACCGCUGAUCAUAGUAGUAAUUAACCCAACCUGGUCGCUGCCGGAAGAUGACGAUCGCAUAUUCAAGGCAGUAGAAAAUCUCGUGGCAGAGUCCAGAGAGCGGGCGGUUACUAGGUAUAGAUCAUCAUUGCACCCUUAUAUCUUUGCGAAUUACGCCUACAAGGAGGACGAUGUCAUUGCGGGAUAUGGAAAGGAGAGUGUAUCGAUGCUUAGAGAGACCAGCAAGAAAUACGACCCAGAGGGUUUAUUUCAGAAAGGCACUCCUGGCGGUUUCAAACUCCCAAAGUAG